AUGAUGAAUGAUGUCGCUUUGCUAGGGUUUGUUUGUGGGGGAAGGAAGCUCAAGCGAGACCGCAACAGACAGCCGCCAAGGGCUAAAAUGGAGGCGAAGUUCACCGCUGCACUAAGGCACUGUGGACAGUGUACGACAUACCAAGAGCUGUGCAAGCGCUUCGAUGCAACGGUGCGUCCACUGCUGGAGCGUUGUCUUUGCACGGCGUUGGUGCGGCCUGUGCGGGAUCACGUGAGUCCGGAUGAGUGCAGUCCGCAUGCAGCACAACUGCGUGAGGCGUUAUGUGAUGCUAAUGUGGGUGACGAUGUAUGGUUUUUUUUGGUCCGCUCCGCCGCAACGUUUUUGGAGCGCGCCGCGAAGAAACGUGGGCGUGAUGGUGGGACAACAAUACCAGCGCUUGUAGUGAAUGUAUUUGUGCUCUUUUACGGUCGUGUCAUCCCGGACUUGUCACAGCUGCGUCUUCAGUGGAGUUUUUUGCAGAAGGAAAAGUCAAAGUAUGAAGCCAGCGAGUCAUACGUGCAUUCCAACGCUGCGGAGCGGAGGAAGGCGUUGAUGACGUCUGUCCUUUCUGUCUUCUCCGAGCGUGCUCACAGGCACUACUUCACCGCACUGUGGAUGCCAUGUCUCCAUCACGCUUCGGAAGCUGCUCUCCAUCUGCACCUGCUCAAUCGCAUAGGUGACGUCAUUUUGCCAUAUCUUACCAAUCCACUUGUUGUUGCUGAUCACUUGAGCGGUUGCUUUUCUAGUGGUGGCCUUGUUGCUGUGCUGGCAUUGCACGGCAUCUUUCUCCUCAUGCUUGACCAUGGCCUGGAGUACCCCCAGUAUUACCAACAACUAUAUACGCUUCUCACUCCUGACGCCGUUUCAUCACGUCACCGAUACGAUCUUUUCCGUCUGUUGGAUCUCUCUAUGAGUUCCUUGCGCGUUCCUUCAUAUAUUGGGGCUGCCUUUGUGAAGAAGGUGGCUCGUGUGGCUUUACUUUCACCGGCACCGGUGCUUUACUUUGCCCUUCCAUUCAUCCGCAAGAUACUUCAGCGGCAUCCCAAUUGUCUGGCGUUGAUUCAUCGCUCCUCAAAGGAGGAAGUCAAUUCAGCCGAUGACACGGCAACGACAGUAGAGGAGGGGGAGUCGACAACUAAAAGGCAAAAAAAGCAUGAAAGAGGAGGCACAACGUUUGACAGCGUCGCUUUUCGACGGCAAUGA